AUGCAGUUCCCGAUGGGAAAAGUCGAAGAUGCGCUCCCCUCUCGCUCGAAGAGGCGUCGCUAUGAGAUGGACCAUUCCACUACCGAGCCGGAGGAGCCUUCUAACAGACCGCAUAGUGUGGAGAUGGUACCCCUUGAGAUAGGAAAUGAGGAGAAGAUUGAGGCCUACUACGAAUCUGCCUUUAGAGCCUUCCAGCAGAUCAACUGUCGUCAAGUGGCAAAGGCCUAUAUCAAGAUCAUCGAGCCGCGCAAGCAAGUUAAGCAUCCUUACAAUGGAGGACGAGGAGCACCCGGCGAGAAGGGGGGCCCAGAGAAGACUAAGCCAGACUGGUGGCCAGCCAGCGUCCCCCACCGUGAACCCGAUCACCUGCUGAAGCCGGAACGGAUACGCCUUCUUAUCCACCUCUUCCGCAAGCUUGGUAAUAAUGGAAUAACUGCCAACAAGCUAGAAGAGGCCGGACGUGAUGCCCAAAGUCAAAUAAAACCCCGCGAGAGACUUGAUAUCCUAGAUGAGAUUUAUAAGGUUCGAAGGGCGGAAGAGAGUUAUGAGAGGGGCGAAGUAGAUGCAAAUGCCGUGGUUUAUGUAGUUAACAGAGAUAAAAAGCGAGAACGAACCCCGCAAGCGAUAGAAGGCGCUGACCGUGGCUCAACUUAUCCAAGUAAGCACGGACUGGAAAAGAACACGAAGCGUCGAAUGCUAUCACCAUCGCCUUGUAUUAUCAGCAACGGGGUACCAGCCGAUCAAUCCCGACCAAUCCUCGCCAUAUCCCCCAUCGGCGCAUGGUGGAACCCUAGAGAAGAAUGCCCCCCCAAGCACUGCCAUGCGGUUGCGCCGAAUGCCUUCCACCGCCUGUCGACCAGCUUCUACAAGACUACGCCCCCACCUACCCCGAGCCCCGUAGCUCAAUGCAAGGCCACGGCUAUAUCCCCGUGGGCUACCACAGUGAUCAGCAUCGUACCCAAGGAUUUUACACAGCGUUAA